GAGAGCUGUUUACAUUGUGGAGCAGAGCUCAGAUUUACAGUCAUCCAUCUGCACCACCGGGAUAACAGCUGGCGCGCUUUACACACACUUUUUCUCCGUUAAACCGUUUUCAAUUGACGCUUUACGCACAGUCAUGAUUCUGACGCGCAGGUGAACUUCUUUCUCCUCGACGCGCUUCGACCAGAACUCAAAGUGUUUGAGAGAAAGAAUUAUUACAAUCACAACUCUCCUCCUCAUUCCUCUGUGUGAGCGGAGCAGGUCGUCGGCACCAUGUCCAGGAAGAAGGCAGUGAAAGGCAAAGGGAGCUCCAAGAGCCCCAAGGCGUCGCCGAGCAGCGGGAGGACGGGCAGAGGUCUGGCCGCCGCCGGCGCUCCGUCCUCCGGGCUGGUUUACCCCAGCAGACCGUCCAUCAGCAACAGCGGAGAGUUUUAUGACAUCGCGUUCAAGGUGAUGCUGGUGGGGGAUUCAGGUGUUGGCAAAACCUGUCUGCUGGUUCGCUUCAAAGAUGGAGCCUUUCUAGCCGGGAGCUUCAUCUCCACUGUGGGCAUUGACUUCAGGAAUAAAGUAAUGACCAUCGAUGCUGUGAAGGUGAAACUGCAGAUUUGGGACACUGCUGGACAGGAGCGUUUCCGGAGCGUCACGCAUGCUUACUACCGCGAUGCUAACGCUCUCCUCCUCCUCUAUGAUGUCACCAACAAAGCAUCUUUCGACAACAUCCGGGCCUGGCUGACAGAGAUCCAUGAGUACGCCCAGCAGGACGUGGUCGUCAUGCUGCUGGGCAACAAGGUUGAUUCCACACAUGACAGGAUGGUGAAGCGCGAGGAGGGUGAGAAACUUGCAAAGGAGUUUGGAGUGCCCUUCAUGGAGACGAGUGCUAAAUCUGGGCUGAAUGUGGAGCUGGCCUUCACCGCAGUGGCCAAAGAACUGAAGCACAGGACCAUGAAGGAGCCCGAUGAGCCAAAGUUUCAGCUGCAGGAGUACGUCGACAAAGAAAUGAGGACCGCCGGCUGCUGCCGCUCGUAGACCACAUCCUACGUGUGUGUAUGCGUGUGUGUGUGUGAGAGCGGGAGAGAGAACAGGUCCGUUAUAUCAGAGUCGUCAUUUUGGUGUCUGGGAAUUAUCGUGAAAUUCUCAGUGUUUGUAAUAUUUUUAACCGUGGCCAAUAUACUCUCUCUCCCAACCCACCUAUCCUCUGCAACUGUGAAUGUAAUAUAACUCCUAUCUACAUGCUUGCACAUACACAUGCAUGUACACACACAGACACACACAGACACACACUCACGGCUGUGUUUGUAUUUCACAGCCUGUUCAAUCCGUAAGUGUGAUGUACAUAUUUUAAAUGUUAUUUUAAUUUUGUGCCCUGAAGCUUUGUAGUUUGUAAAUUGCUGUCUUGUUGAAGCAGAAGAACAUACACACAAAUGUGUUGAAUAUUAAAUUAAUCUUGUUAAAGUCAUUGAAAUGAAAUAAUCUAAUGAACACAUUUGUACAGAUACACAAUUGCACCUAAUGUAAGCUGCCAAAUGGCACUGUGUGCUGUUUAUGUACAGGAUAUUACACAAUGACUGUUUUUAAUACUUGUACUUGUGAUCAUGACUAUCAUUGUGUGAUAUUUAAUUUGAUAUUUUAUACACAGAAAAUUCAGUUUGAGUUUAAAGCUGUUUAACUAGACCAUAUUAAAUGUAAAAAAGAAGAUCAUCCGCAAAGAAACUGACUCUACAGCGGGUUUCAGCCCAGUCAACAUAAAAAAAAUUGUACAUUUCUGCAAAGCACAGAAACAUUUACAUAAAAAUAUUUUGGACACCCUUUAGUUCUGUAUGAUACACACCAGGCUGGUGACAAAGUAUAACAAACAUCACAACCCGAAGAUGGAGGAGGUCCGAUGGGUUAAACACACUUUAGACGACUUUAGAGCAGCAGAUCGGUGUUCGGGACGCAUUUGUGUCCCGAAAACAACCAAAAUUCAGCGUCGUUAUUUUAACUUAAGCUGUAAAUAGCUUCCUUAUGUAAAUACACCACAUUCUAUAUGACAAAAUGUCUCUUAGAUAACUGUGUCCUGGUUGUUGUUUUAUUUGUUCAAAUAUUUGUUAUUGAAAAUUGUGUCCAGUUGUUAUGUGCGGAUGUCUUUUUUUUUAACCAAACUCUGAUCUUUUUCCUAACCUUAACCAAGUAGUUUUGUCACUUAAAUAUAACCAAGUAGUUUAUGUUUGAAUUCACAACCUUAACCACGUUUUUGAAACUGCGACCGCUAUGAGAAUAGACUGCAGCAGUUCGAAAGUGUCGAAAUUUUUCUUUUGACUUUUUGAAUUUAAGGUCAUUUGAUUCAUUUUCAAUGUAUUCUUCUUCUUCAGCUUUGAAAGUUAUGCUGUUUUUACACCUUCAAGUCUUGAUUACUUAAAUUUAUGGAUAAUUGGUUUUAUGCCUUUACUAUCGACCACAUUUAGAUUUUUUUCUUAAAGCUACAUGGUAUCUAAUGUGAUUUUAUAUACACAUAUGUAUCUUGAAUGUACAACACUUAGUCCAUAUGGUUAUGUUUUUAAUUGUUUUCGACAAUCCUGCUUUUGAUCUUGGUAACUGAAAUUGAAAGCUCAUUUUGAUCUAUUUUUGAUUUUGGAAUUUAAGUCAUGGCAUGCUUAAUGCCAUCAUUUAUUGCGGCAACUGGGUUGACAUUGUACAGAUUUCGGGAGAAAUCUAUUAUAUUGCUUUAAGGCACGAAAAAAUAGGAAGUUGCCAUUCUUUCAUAGAAAUCUAUGGAAACCCUAACAGGCUAGUUAGAAAAAACUUCUGAUGAUCCAGUCUAAUCUAAAUUGAUUUCUCUCCUAUGUUUAUUACCAAAGAAAAUUUUAAUUUAACUUGCUUAUACACACAAUAUAUGUACGUUGUGUUUAGAGUGCAUGAAGAAAUUUAAUGUCACGUUGAAGAAAACAUUAAUGUUUUUACUCUUAUUCAGAGUAUGGGAUAGUGGUGCACUUCAGCCUCUUGUGGCCAAAAUAAGUACUGCAACAAAUGCAAAAGGUUUUUUUCCACCCUUUUAAAAAAGAAAAAAGGAACUUAGACCAAAGAUCCUAGAAAAAAACUUUUUUUCACCUGUUCUU